AUGUUCAUCCUGCUCAGCGCUUCCAACGGCGCACAAUGGAUCAUCUACUCCGUCAUCGCGCAGAUUGUUGCCGAGUUCUACAACGUCAGUUUCUCGGCGGUCGAUUGGACCAGCAUGAUCUACAUGGCCACCUACAUAGUGCUCUUCAUCCCUGCUGCCUAUUUGCUUGAUCGAUACGGAUUGCGAAUGUCGAUUUUGAUGGGCGCGACGGGUAACGCAGUCGGGGCAUGGAUUAGAAUGUUGUCCGCCCAUCCAGAUGGUUUCUGGACUACAUUUAUCGGUCAGACGAUCGUGGGUUCCUCACAGAUGUUCACUCUUGGGAUCCCUCCCCGGCUGGCAGCGGUUUGGUUCGGCCCGGAUGAGGUGUCCACAGCCUGUGCUGCAGGAGUAUUCGGUAACCAGUUGGGAAUUGCCGUUGGGUUUUUGGUCCCACCAAUUUUGGUGCAAAACGGAACAGUGGACGAGGUGGCGAGUGAUCUCAGGACUUUAUUCCUCUGCUCUGCUACGCUGAAUACGGCCGUUCUCACUGUUAUCAUACUUUUCUUCUCGGCGCGACCGCCCACUCCACCAAGUCUGGCGCAGAUCACCGCACAAGAAGAGAAAGCACUUGGUCCUAAUUUCUGGAAGACGCUGCUAAGCCUCAUGACGAGCAAGGAUUUCUUACUUCUAUUCAUUACUUAUGGAAUCAAUACCGGCGUGUUCUACGCGGUGUCCACGUUGUUGGCGCAGAUGGUCCUGCCGUACUACCCAACCGAGUCGGUGGCGAUCGGCCAGAUCGGCGUCGUCAUCGUCGUCGCCGGCAUGCUGGGCUCCGUUCUCGGCGGUUUCUUGCUUGACAAGUUCAAACGGUUCAAAUUGAUCACGCUGCUCGAUUACUUGUUUUCCGCUUUGGGAAUGCUCACGUUUACGUUCACGUUGGAUCUUGGAUCGUUGAUAAUCGUCUUUGCGAUAGCCUUCUUACUAGGCUUUUUCAUGACUGGUUAUCUUCCGAUUGGCUUCGAAUUUGCCGCUGAAAUCACAUUUCCCGCUGCCGAGGGUACCACAAGUGCGCUGCUAAAUUCCAGUGCUCAAAUUUUUGGUAUCGUUUUGACGAUAGCGAUGGGUGCAAUGAUGCAUGGGGUGAGCACGUUCGUCUGCAACAUCAGCAUGACCAUCGCCCUUCUGGUUGGCACAGGUCUGACAGGUACUGCUAAACAAGCGUCGUUGACUUCUCUAUUCGAAACUCUAGUGACAUUGGCAAACUAG